CGUCUUUCGCAACGGCUAGUCCUCUCCGCCUUCUACAAAACCCCAUCAUGUGCUCAGAUUUUUUCACUGUGCUUUAGCGAUAUUCGAUCUCCUUCUCUGAUCUGCUUUCGUGUGGACGUCUUUGUAUACGUCUUCACGAAGCCCCUGGGUAUCUGCAUUCAGUUUUUCUGCUUGUAAUCUGUGUACAGUCUUAACAAGGACUUUGGUCUUUAACUUUGAGGAGUUUUUGAGGGUUUUUUUUCAGCGACAAUGAGGGAGUGCAUUUCAAUCCACAUUGGCCAGGCCGGUAUCCAGGUCGGCAAUGCCUGUUGGGAGCUUUACUGUCUCGAACACGGCAUUCAGCCCGAUGGCCAGAUGCCUAGCGACAAGACGGUGGGCGGCGGUGAUGAUGCUUUCAACACUUUUUUCAGUGAGACCGGUGCGGGAAAGCACGUUCCCCGUGCUGUGUUCCUGGAUCUGGAACCGACUGUCAUCGAUGAGGUUCGAACCGGGACUUAUCGCCAGCUUUUUCACCCGGAGCAGCUCAUCAGCGGGAAGGAGGACGCCGCAAACAACUUCGCCCGUGGCCACUACACCAUUGGUAAGGAGAUAGUUGAUCUGUGCCUGGAUCGAAUCCGAAAGCUGGCGGACAACUGUACUGGUCUGCAGGGGUUUCUUGUUUUCCACGCAGUAGGAGGAGGGACUGGAUCAGGGCUGGGAUCUCUUCUCCUGGAGAGGCUUUCUGUGGACUAUGGAAAGAAAUCAAAGUUGGGCUUCACAGUUUACCCGUCUCCUCAGGUCUCCACAUCUGUGGUGGAACCCUACAACAGCGUGCUCUCAACUCAUUCACUGUUAGAGCAUACUGAUGUGGCUGUUCUGUUAGAUAAUGAGGCCAUUUAUGACAUCUGCCGCCGUUCCCUUGACAUUGAGCGCCCUACUUAUACUAACCUUAACAGGCUCGUUUCUCAGGUUAUAUCUUCCUUAACUGCGUCUCUGCGUUUUGAUGGCGCACUUAAUGUUGACGUGACGGAGUUCCAGACCAAUCUGGUACCCUACCCUCGCAUUCAUUUCAUGCUUUCAUCUUAUGCCCCUGUAAUCUCUGCAGAGAAGGCCUACCAUGAGCAGCUCUCUGUUGCAGAAAUCACUAACAGUGCCUUUGAGCCUUCUUCCAUGAUGGCAAAAUGUGAUCCCCGCCAUGGAAAGUACAUGGCCUGCUGUCUCAUGUACAGAGGAGAUGUUGUGCCCAAGGAUGUGAAUGCUGCUGUUGCCACCAUUAAGACUAAGAGGACCAUUCAGUUUGUGGACUGGUGUCCUACUGGGUUCAAGUGUGGUAUCAAUUAUCAGCCCCCAACUGUGGUUCCUGGAGGCGAUCUUGCCAAGGUUCAGAGGGCAGUUUGCAUGAUAUCCAACUCCACCAGCGUUGCUGAAGUCUUCUCUCGCAUUGAUCACAAGUUUGAUCUCAUGUAUGCCAAGCGUGCUUUCGUGCACUGGUAUGUUGGUGAGGGUAUGGAAGAAGGAGAGUUUUCUGAGGCACGUGAGGAUCUUGCUGCUCUGGAGAAGGACUACGAAGAAGUUGGAGCUGAGUCUGCUGAAGGCGAUGAAGAUGAUGGCGAGGAGUACUGAUUUUUCUAGGGUUGAUUAGUAUUAGUAAUCGAUAUUAGUAUACUAUAUAAUUGGCUUUUGCUGACAAUUAUUUUACAGACCAAUACUCAUUGGUUUUAUCAUGUAAUGGGUAAUUUUCGGGUUUUGUCGAUGUAAUGCUAUCUUUGGACGUGUACUGGGUUUCUAUUUUAUAUAUAUAUAAUAUUUACAGUUUAUACUAGUA